GCGGCGGCGGCGGCGGCAGCAGCAGGAGCAGCCCCGGCUGCGGGUCGCGACGGCGGCGGGGCGCCCCCUCCCCCGUGCCGGGGCGCGGCGGAGGGAUGUGGGGCUUUGCGGGAGGAAGGCUUUUUGGCAUCUUCUCGGCCCCAGUGCUGGUGGCAGUGGUGUGCUGUGCCCAGAGCGUGAACGAUCCUGGGAACAUGUCCUUUGUGAAGGAGACGGUGGACAAGCUGUUGAAAGGCUACGACAUUCGCCUAAGACCCGACUUCGGGGGUCCCCCGGUCUGCGUGGGGAUGAACAUCGACAUCGCCAGCAUAGACAUGGUUUCCGAAGUCAACAUGGACUAUACCUUGACCAUGUAUUUUCAACAGUACUGGAGAGAUAAAAGGCUCGCCUAUUCUGGGAUCCCUCUCAACCUCACGCUUGACAAUCGAGUGGCUGACCAGCUAUGGGUACCUGACACAUAUUUCUUAAAUGACAAAAAGUCAUUUGUGCAUGGCGUGACAGUGAAGAAUCGGAUGAUCCGCCUCCACCCGGAUGGGACGGUGCUGUACGGGCUCAGAAUCACCACGACUGCAGCAUGCAUGAUGGACCUGAGAAGAUACCCCUUGGACGAGCAGAACUGCACUCUGGAGAUUGAAAGCUAUGGCUACACCACGGACGACAUUGAAUUUUACUGGCGUGGUGGUGACAAGGCUGUUACUGGAGUGGAAAGGAUUGAGCUUCCACAGUUCUCCAUUGUGGAGCAUCGUCUGGUCUCCAGAAAUGUUGUCUUUGCCACAGGUGCCUAUCCUCGGCUCUCGCUGAGCUUUCGGUUGAAGAGAAACAUUGGAUACUUCAUCCUCCAGACUUACAUGCCCUCUAUCCUAAUUACGAUUCUCUCGUGGGUGUCCUUCUGGAUCAAUUAUGAUGCAUCUGCGGCUCGAGUUGCCCUUGGGAUCACGACCGUGCUGACCAUGACAACCAUCAACACACACCUUCGGGAGACAUUGCCCAAAAUCCCCUAUGUCAAAGCCAUUGACAUGUACCUCAUGGGCUGCUUUGUCUUUGUGUUUCUGGCCCUUCUGGAGUAUGCCUUUGUCAACUACAUUUUCUUUGGAAGAGGCCCUCAAAGGCAGAAGAAGCUUGCUGAAAAGAAUGCCAAGGCAAAGAAUGACCGGUCAAAGGGUGACAGCAACCGGGUGGAUGCUCAUGGAAAUAUCCUGUUAACAUCGCUGGAGGUUCACAAUGAAAUGAACGAGGUAGCAGGCGGCGUUGGUGAUACCAGGAAUUCAGCAAUAUCCUUUGACAACUCAGCGAUCCAGUACAGGAAACAGAGCAUGCCUCGGGAAGGGCGACACAUGGGGGCCAGAAGCAUCCCGCACAAGAAGACCCAUCUACGGAGGAGGUCGUCACAGCUCAAAAUUAAAAUUCCUGAUCUAACCGAUGUGAAUGCCAUAGACAGAUGGUCCCGGAUUGUGUUUCCUUUCACUUUUUCUCUUUUCAACUUAGUUUACUGGCUGUACUAUGUUAACUGAGUGACUGUACUUGAUUUUUCAAAGACUUCAUUUAACACUGAGUGAAAUAUUACUCUGCCUGUCAAGUUUUUAUACCUGUACACACACAGAGACACACACACGCAGACACACACAUAUAUACAUACGCAAUUGUAUAUAUAUGUGAACUUUCUCAGCAUAUAUAUCAAAUACACGUGUAUAUGAGGAUGUGUGUGUAUAUGUUUCUACGCACAGGUGUGAGUACCUGUGUGUAUGUAAAACAAAUACACAUACAUAUAUACAUUUUGCAGCUAUGGACAAUUUAACACAGGAUGCAUAUUAAAGAAAGGCAUAGUUUUUUUCUUUUUUAAUUGAAAGGGACAAGCAUCGUCUAAAUAUUAUGCCUUGAGAAUGAGGGCGCGAAACACAAUAUCAUCCCAAAAUGUGUCUUUUACUAUCCUGAGUUAGAUGUUUUAGUUUAAAAAGCAGAAAGAAACUCUUAGUUAUUCUUCAGGAACUCAUACAGUGGUAUUGCUAGUUUAAAACAAGCCACACUUCAUAUCCUUUUUCAGUUUAUUCAGCGAAGGCUUUUCAGCUUUCUUGGCAAUGAGGUUGACUUUCGUGGGGCAGACUUUUUCUGUACUGGUUCAGCGGGCGGGGUGAGCUUCUGAUACUCGCUCGCCUGUUUCUUACACACGGGGAGGGCCCACCUUGAUGUUCGAACUUCCAUCUUCUGACAGCCCAUCGAGGAUGGAUGGCAUCUCAUUGUAAGUACUCUGCUGUACAGUGUUGUUGUUGUUUUUUUUUCCUCUCACUUGGACUGGAUCCAGCUGACCCAUCGUGUGGGACACAGCGGCACAUUUUGGCAAUGUUGAGUUGACAUUUCAGUCACUGAACACCUGCUCCACAUCUCAUGGAUUUCUAGGCCUGGUAUCUAAAUGGAAAGCUUAGACGUCUCAGGUUAUUUGUUCCUCUAAGGUAAAAAUCAUCUAGGAUGAUUUUCCCCCUCGUCUUUAAGUUAUCAAUCACUCUUGGAACAUUGUAUGUUAAUAUCAACUAUAUUUGCAUAAUAUGCAUUAUAAUAUGUAUAUUUACCAAGAUUCUGUUUCUUAUGCUUGCUCUCAUGGCAGCAUGCGAUGUCCUCUUUUUCUUUCUGUUAUGUAAGUACUUUCUGUUCUCUAGAAUUCAGACUGAAGCGCAAACACUUCUGUUCAAUUUCAGAAACUGAGACACAUCCUCAUGCCUUUAUUUCUGUAUCUGACAUAUCUCAUAAGCACACCCAACUACUCCUAGUUUAACUAGGACGCUGCAGGAACAUGCCCAGUCCACACCAUCCAUCACCCAGGGACCCAUGACCAUUCUCUUGAGGCAAAGGACAGCAACCUGACAACAAACACAGUCACUUUUGGUUCCUUCUGAUCCACAGCCUCAUCAGUAUUUGGACUUUUUAAAGCUCGUAGAAACAAGACAAGGUGCACCGGUUUCAUAGAUGCAACCUUAACUUACUAUUUAGAUGAGAUCUUUCUAAA